UUGCUUUGGCGUGAAAUUGAAGGCAAAAAAGGAGAGAGAAAGAGAUAGAGAGAGAAAGUUAAUUAAAUAAAAAAUAAAAAAUAAAAAAGUUUAUUCGUUCCAAAGUCACACUCUUUGCAACCUCCGAGGAAUUUUCAUUCCAUCAUCCUUUUCUAAAUUUCAGGUUUCAUCAGAGAUACGCGUGUUCUGUCUCUCUGUCUGGUCUCUGCGAUUUCUUCGUUUUUCUGAGAAAACCAAAAUGCUGGUUCGAAGGAGGGUGAUGAGUUGGAGAAGGGUAGCAAAGUCCUUUCAAGCUAUGCUAGCUCAUGUCUUUCUUUUCUCCUUCACUCUUCUCCUUGUUCUCAAGCUUGACCGUUUCUUCCUUUUCUCAUGGUGGACUGUAUUUUUUCCACUUUGGCUUUUUCAUGUCGUGGUAGCACGGGGCAGGUUUUCCUUGCCCGCUCCUUCAGUGCCUCAUGGUCGCCAAUGGGCUCCUUGUCAUUCAGUCAUAGCAACGCCAUUACUUGUGGCAUUUGAGCUUCUUCUGUGUAUACAUCUUGGAAGCAGUUAUGUGGUGAAUUUAAAGAUUGUCUUCAUACCUCUUAUAGCUUUUGAAUUAGUGAUUCUGAUCGAUAACAUCAGGAUGUGCAGGGCUUUGAUGCCUGGAGACGAGGAAAAUAUGACGGAUGAAGCAGUAUGGGAAACUCUUCCUCACUUCUGGAUUUCGAUAUCCAUGGUCUUCUUUAUUGCUGCCACAGUGUUCACUCUUUUAAAGAUAUGCGGUGAUGUUGCUGCUCUAGGCUGGUGGGACUUGUUUAUCAACUACGGCAUUGCACAGUGCUUUGCGUUUCUCGUUUGUACAAAGUGGCACAAUCCUACAAUUCAUGGAAACUGUCAAAUUACAGAACCGUGUUCGUCGUCAAAUACCAUAAGAUAUCUCGAAUGGAGUAGAGAAGGCAUAGUUAUUUCUACCGAUGAAGAUGUGCAGCAAAAUCUGUUUUGCAGUCUGCAAGACAUAGGCGGACAUAUCAUGAAAAUUCCGCUAAUUGGUUUCCAAAUACUUCUUUUUAUGCAUUUAGAGGGAACACCAUUGGGUGCAAAAAAUAUACCGAUUUGGGGAAUUUUUUCUCCCCUUUUUCUGUUGCAAGGAGCUGGUGUAUUAUUUGCAGCAUAUAGGUUAAUAGAGAAGAUUGUUCUAUUACUCUAUAACGGAGAUGUUCCUAGAAGCUACUCUUCUAUCGCAUCAAAAUCCCGUGACUGCUUUGGAUUUUUCCAUCACGGAUCAAGGUUGCUAGGUUGGUGGUCAAUAGAUGAAGGAAGCAGAGAGGAAGAAGCUAGACUUUUUUGUGCCGGGAGUUCUGGGUAUAAUACUUUCUCUCCCGAUACGGUGAAGAAAAUGCCUAGAGGAGAACUUGUUGAGGAGAUUUGGAGACUUCAAGCUGCACUUGGUGAACAGACAGAAGUUACAAAAUAUAGCCAGGAGGAAUAUGAAAGACUUCAAAAUGAGAAGAUCUUAUGUAGAGUUUGCUUCGAAGAGCAGAUUAACGUGGUCCUCCUUCCUUGCAAGCAUCACGUUCUUUGCAGCACUUGCUGCGAAAAAUGCAAGAAGUGUCCUAUCUGCCGUGGUACCAUUGAAGAACGGAUGCCUGUAUAUGAUGUGUAGACCGAGUUCGCUGUAAGAUAUAUAGAUAUUAUGGCUUGUGGUUUUAGAUGAGGCAAGCACCAAGAAUUUUAAUUUCUCUGCUUAUAGAUAAUGAGCAUACAGAAGUUGUACAUAGUUUUAAACAGUUAUUGCAAGUUAUGCAUAUCUGCAACAUUGAAAACUCAGCUUUCGGGGUGCUGUCAUUUUGAGUGUUGGUACCUACACAAUGCAAGAUGUUUGUUGAACUAGGAA